AUGAAACUCGAGAAUUGUGGAGGCGAAACAUUGGACAGUAUCAACGAGAUUGAGAAGAAAUUCUGGGCGCCCGGCAGCAAUUACAGUGCCACGUUCCUCGAGCAUGUCGCAAUGGACACCGAGGAGGGUUUGGCCAAGGAAGACACGUAUUUCACAAUGUACGUCGGGCUGGGAACCUAUGAGGAGAUGGCGACCGAAACGGAAGGAGGUACCGAAUCUCAAGGCGACAAGUUUACGUCUUUGGAGGCUACCUGGAAGUUUUACAUUCAAUGGGUCAGUAGAACUUUCAAGUUUAUUUCGACCGAAACGGAAGGAGGUCAGUUGGUCAGUGAGAGUGAGUCCGGUGAUGUUACUGUGACAGGCGCCACGCGACGCUACCCGAUGGACCCCCGACUGGCUGUGUCUCCUCACUCCGGAAGAGGGAGCGCCGGCAAGUCGGAGAGAAGUCAGUUGGGUUGGAGAGAGAGGACGCACUGCUCGUCGUCCCUUUUCUCAGCAAGGACCUGUCCCUUCUUUAG